GCAGCACCUGAAGGCAGCAGGCGAGGAGCCGUGAGGAGGAACCUGUGUGAUCAGUCGGUCUGAUCUGAGUCAUGGUGAGCAGGAGGCUGUCGGACGAGGCCGUGUCUGCUGCCUGCCAGGAGGGUCACCCCCUCACCCAGGACUUCAUGAUGCAGCAGACGAUGCUGAGGGUCAGAGAUCCGGCUCGAUCGUUGGACUUCUACACCCGAGUCCUGGGCAUGACGCUGCUGCAGAAAAUUGAUUUCUCUGCAAUGCGGUUCACCCUCUACUUCCUGGGUUACGAGAACAAGUCGGAGAUCCCGGCUGACAUUAAGGAGAGGACGGCCUGGACUUUCUCUCGCAGUGCCACCAUAGAGCUCACACAUAACUGGGGCUCAGAGAAAAUAGAAGGCCUGAGGUACCACAAUGGGAACAAAGAGCCGCGAGGAUUUGGUCAUAUUGGCAUUGCUGUUCCUGACGUUAAUGCUGCUUGCAAAUUGUUUGAAGAGAGAGGAGCGACAUUUGUCAAGAAAGAAGACUUAGGUAAAGUGAAGGGUCAUGCCUUCAUACAGGAUCCCGACGGCUACUGGAUAGAGAUUUUAUGUCCGAACAACAUGAUGUCCUUACUGUCACCUUAGAGCAGAGACACACUGAGGAAUGUUCUUGUAUUAAUAUUAUAGUUUGUGGACACAGCUGAAACUAAACAGGACAGUUUUGGAGCUCCUGACAGUUUUUUGUUUGUUUUAAUUUUUAGUUAUGUCGCUCAGGUUCUUGUCUGGUCCUGCAGAUUUUAAUGUGCAGUCAUUUUCUAUAACAAACAAAUAACAAUAAAACAAUACAAAACAAAAAACAAGUAUAUAAGAUAUGCUAGCCUGUUGCAGUUUUGACAUCAUUUUAAAUCAUCUUGUACUAUGCUUUGUACUUCCACUAUAUUUAAAAAGGGAAACAUUACAUUGUGUUUACUUGACAGCUGUAGUUACUUAUCAGUUGAACAAUAACAUUUUGCAUUCAAAACAUAAAAAGCUCAUAAACUGUGGUGCUUUAUUAUCAAUUAAGCUAUUCAUCAAUAAAUGAAAGUCAAGUUUGAA